AUGAAAUUCCUUAGUCAAAGCACAAACCUACUACUAAAAGUUUUCUUAAUUACUCUCUUGUUAAACAUCACCAACUUUUCUUACCUUUCAAAUGCUAAUCCAUAUUCCACAAACUCAAGUUUAACUGAUCUUAUAUCAUCACUUAAGAAUCUCAAACUUAAUGGUUGUUUCGAUUUCGAAAACACCAAACGUGCUGCAAAUGAUUUUGGCAAUAGAUACCAUUUAUUUCCAUUAGCAAUAUUGUUACCAAAAACAGUUUCUGAUAUUUCUACAACAAUCAAAUAUGUUUUCAACAUGGGAGGUGAAAACUACCCAGAACUUGCUCUAACUGCUAGAGGUCAUGGUCAUUCACUUCAAGGUCAAUCACAAAAUCAUAAUGGCAUUAUAAUUAGCAUGGAAUCAUUAGAAGAAUCAAAGAUUUAUGUUCAUACAAUAGGGGAUUUUCCCUAUGUUGAAGUUUCAGGGGGUGAAUUGUGGAUUAAUAUAUUGCAUGAGACUGUUAAACAUGGUUUAACACCUAAAUCAUGGACUGAUUUUGUUAGUUUGUCUGUUGGAGGAACCUUAUCUAAUGCUGGGAUUAGUGGACAGGCGUUUAGACAUGGACCUCAGAUUAAUAAUGUCUAUCAGCUUGAAGUUGUUACUGGAAAGGGAGAUAUAAUGAACUGCUCGGAAAAAGAGAACGCCGACCUAUUUUACGGCGUUCUCGGGGGACUAGGACAGUUUGGGAUCAUCACUAAGGCCAGAAUAUCUCUUGAACCAGCUCGCAAAACUGUUAAAUGGAUUAAAAUGCUUUACUCAGAUUUCAACACAUUUAGCAAGGAUCAAGAACAAUUAAUCUCAGCAGAAAAUACAUUUGAUUAUAUUGAAGGUUUUGUCAUGACAGGUCCUGCUAAUAACUGGAGAUUUACCUUUAAUACCAAAGAACUUUUGCAGGCUAGUAAAUUAACUUCUAAAGGAAAAACUCUUUAUGGCCUUGAAUUGGCAAUGUACUUUAAUCCUGAGGAUGCUAACGUUACAAACCAGAAGAUAAAAGAUAUAUUGUCCACAUUAAGCAAUACCUCCCACACAAUUUCCCAAUCCGAAGUAUCAUAUGUGGAUUUCAUAGAUAGAAUUCACCUAUCAGACAUAAAGCUUCAAGACAAAGCUGAUUUACAGAAUAAUGUUACUCAUCCUUGGUUAACUCUUCUUGUUCCCAAGAGUAAGAUACAAAACUUUGCAGAUGAGGUAUUUGGUCAUAUACUAGCAAACACAACCUAUGCUCCAAUUCUCCUUUAUCCAUUCAAUCAAUCAAGAUGGAAGGACAAUACAUCAAUGGUGACCCCAGAAGAAGAUGUCAUUUACCUUGCAGCAUUUUUAACAUCUGCAAUUCAAUCUUCACCUGGACCAAAUGGACUUGAAAAUUUCUUAACAAUAAAUAAAAGAAUACUUGAUUUUUGUGAGACAGCCAAGAUUGGGGCAAAGCAAUAUCUGCCAUAUUAUGAAACUCAGGAUGAAUGGCGAGCUCAUUAUGGAAAUAGAUGGAAUGUUUUUGCACAAAGGAAAUUAAGCUAUGAUCCUUUACCAAUUCUUACACCAGAGCAACGGAUCUUCCGCAAAGGAAAACCUGUUUCAUAA